AUGGACACGGAAGACGGCGUGAACAAGACGCCGACAGCGCCGACGCCGACAGCGACGCCGACAUCGCCUUCGCCAAGUGAUGCUGGGAGGAAGCUACGACGAGCUUCCAUUCAACCUGUCCUUGAUGGCAACGGGGAGAGGCGGCCCAUCACCGUCACAGGCAACUUCAUCCGAGCUGGAACCGCCCAUGAAUCAGAAGGAGACGCCAGGGCACCCCUACAACACUUCGUGGACAGACUCAUAAAGAUCUACCAGAGCCCAUAUUUCGCCAACUUCAUGGCGUUUGUCAUUAUACUCGACGCCUUCUGCGCGUGCCAAGAUAUCGAUGCUAGAGCUGCCAAUGCACCUCCGCCGUCUCUGUGGAUGACGAUAUCAGACAUCUGCUUGGCGCUCUACACCUUCGAGUUGGCUGGCACGCUUUACUUGAGGAAGUGGGCAGGCCUGCGAGAAGUAGUCGUCAUUGUCGACGUUUUCAUUGUUCUCGCAGGCUACGCCGAGCUGCUCAUGCAGGCCGUGGCUGAGCAGAGCUUGAACGUGAACAUGCAGGUCAUGCGCGUGCUCCGGUUGGCACGCAUCAUUCGGCUCAUGAGGCUUCUGAAGAAGGUCCGUGCAUUUCGGGAGCUCUUCAAGUUGGUGACCAUGAUGUCGACUUGCUUUCUGACACUGCUUUGGUCUUUCCUUUUCUGCUUUCUCGUCAUGACCGGUUGGGCCAUGCUGAUGGUGGAGUACGUUCACCCUCUGGUGACUCAGAUGACGCAGAACGGUGCCUUCGACGAAUGCGGUGACCAGUGCCUACGGUCUACAUCCUCUGUCAUGGAUGCCAACUUGCUUCUCUUCAAGACGGUGGUCGCCGGGGAUAGCUGGGGUGAGAUCGCCGUGCCUGUGAUCCAGUUGCAUCCUGAAACGGCGAUCAUCUUCGUGGGCUCCUCGCUGACCCUAGUCUUUGGUGUGCUGAACCUCAUCGUGGCUGUGAUCGUGGACACCUUCGCAGAGGCACGCUCCAACGAGUUCGACGACCUCGCAGAGGAGUUGAACGACGAUGUGGAGUAUGACCGAAAGGAGCUGCAGAAACUGUUUGACCGCAUCGAUCGGGACGGCACCGGAAGGCUGUCGCUAGAUGACCUGGUCCAAGGAGCACGCACGGAUCCUUCCUUUCAGAGCAGGCUCCGCGUCAUGGACAUCGAUGAGCACGAUCUGCAUCAGCUGUUUUUGAUGAUCGAUGCAGAUGGUUCGGGCUACAUCGAGGCCCACGAGUUCGUUGGCCCACUUAGUCGAUGGGUGCAUGACUCAAAGACCGCACCGCGAUUCAUCAAGUACAACAUGAUGCAGUCACUACAGCUGCAGGAGGAGAUCUACGAUAUGGCCCAAGAACAUUUCGAUUCCUUCGCUGUCCAACUGCGGGAAAUGUCAAAGUCCUUGCACAAGCUGACGAAUACAGACACUUGUUCUUCUCUCUCAGACUCAGGUGACGAGCGAGGGAACGAAGUGCAGCCACUUAUUAAGAAUCCCGAGCCUGAGGCGGCGCCGGAGGAAAAAGCAGAAAAGGGCACGGCCUGUGAACUGGAGGCGGAGCUCAAAGCCACUGCAGAGAAGCUAGAGGUCUCCUUGAACGACACCGCCUUCGAGGUUGGCGAGGGGCUUCGAAAAGCUUUUCAAAGGCUCGAAGUCCUACUCUCCGAGCCAAAGCCCAGCCCUAUCAGACGUCGAAGCAGACGUCUGGACUCGGAUUCUAGUGCUUCGCUGGGGGGAGGUUUUCGUGAUCGCCGUAGUUUGUUCAAGCAGAUGUACGUGAAAGACGAGGGUGGUGUUGCCGAUGGCGAACCACCUGUCCGAGGAGUCGUGAGUGUGCCUUCUCAUCCCGGGAUCGUUCGUACGAGUGCUGCCAGACGCACCCGGGAUCUCAACACGGUCCUGGACAAGCAGCCUAUCCCUCGCUCGCCCCGCCUCGAUCGGGCGGCGACCAUGGGCCGGUCCACAAGAUCUUUGGAGUCGCAGCAGUCCUCCGGAAACCUUCGCCCACCGCCGCCGCUGCCGUUCGCACCGCAGCCACCGGUGACGUGA